GGGGCGGGUCCCUCGAGGCCUCUGCUUUGUGGUGGGGCAUAAAGGUAUGCCAUUAGUGUCUCCACAAUCCUGAAAGGACCGCUACCAUGGAUUUCCCCGACCACAGCAAGAACCUGUUGCGGAGCCUGCGGGACCAGCAACACGAGGGUUUCCUUUGCGACUGCACGGUGCUGGUGGGCAACACCCAAUUCCUGGCCCACCGGGCCGUGCUAGCCUCGUGCAGUGCCUUCUUUCACAUGUUCUACAAGGAAGGGCUGGACAAGGGGGACUUGGUGUGCAUCAACAAUGAGAUUGUCACGGCCCCGGCGUUUGGACUGCUCCUGGAAUUCAUGUACCAAGGCAGCCUGUCCUUCAGUGACACUCCAGUGGAGGACGUCCUGGCUGCUGCCAGCUACCUGCACAUGAACGACAUUGUGAAAGUGUGUAAGAAGAAACUGCAGGCCCGGGCUUUGACUGAAGCAGACAGCACCAAGAAGGAAGAAGAUUCCCCAGCCAGUUCAGAACUUCUACCCAGCACCUCCAAGUGCCAGCCACUGGCCCCUGAGGCACAGUCAUUGCCCCCACUCCCUCAGCCUUGUGAAGCAGAGACGAAAAACACAGAGGAGCGGAAGGGAGGAGAGAAAGCCAGUUCUGAUGAACUGCUGGCCUCCACGCUAGACGUUGCAGACACCACCCAGCCUGGCAUGGAGGGCGAUUCCCCACAUGCCCUUCCCCCAACCAGACCCCUUCCACCAGCUGUCAUUGACAUCUCCCUCUCCAGCCCCAGCAGUUCUACCGAAACCAUCUCACACAGCUGUUUUCCCCUGGGGAACAUUGCUGAGGGCCCUACCAGUAUGGACACUGCUCCGGAGAAGUAUGCGGAACAGCUGGAAGGCAGCGUCGGUGUAGUUUGCCAAAAGGAGCCAAACAGGUCCUCCAUCAAAGUCAAAAUGGAAGCCAUUGUGAUCUCUGAUGAGGAGCCAGACACAGCUGAGCAGCUGGAGGGGCAGAACCCAGAGGAGAGGCUGGAGAGUGUCUUCCAGCGGCCUACUAUGGAAGCAGGGUCAGUUGGAGGCUGCAGCCGGCAUCUGGACAACUUUGCAGAGCCUGGUGGGCUAGAGGAAGUAUCUUCAGAGGGUGCCUUCCUGCCUCAGGAAACUGUACCCUAUCAUAUGAUCCCUGUGCCCAGCGGGCAAAGUUUCUCCAACAUGGCGAUUCCGCCUCUGCACGAGCAGAUGUAUCUACAGGACUAUGAGGUUCACCCUAACUUUGGCAUCUUCACUGAGGACAUGCCCACUUGUAAGACAUGCGGAAAGACCUUCUCCUGCUCCUACACACUCCGGCGCCAUGCCACAGUCCACACACGGGAGCGUCCCUAUGAAUGCCGCUACUGCAUGCGCAGCUACACCCAAUCUGGAGACCUCUACCGGCACAUUCGGAAGGCACACAAUGCAGACCUGGCAGCCAAACGUUGCAAACAGGAUGUGGAGAAUCCCUCGUAGGGUGCCCACAUCUGGGCCAAAGUCUGAGGUUCAUCAGCUCAGUUGCCAACCAACAUGAAGGCCAAAUUUUUCUCCUUUUUGAACUUUGUGCAAAAAGCCACAGUGUCUGUAGCCAAAUGACAAAGCCACUUACUACUCCGCAUUUUUCUUGGUUCAGUCUUCCCACACAGUCCUUCAGUGUUCCUCCAACUUUUGCCUUGAGGAUUUGGUGUUGUAUUUUCACAGGGUAGUUCUUGGUCAACACAAUUCAUAUCCAGGCUUUGGAUACUGCACAUAGUUUGGAAGAAGCCACAGAAUAUGAACUCUUAGUAUCUUGGAAAGAAUUUUUUCUCUGUCUAUUUAUGUCUUUAGGGAACAUGAGACUGGAGGAGGAAUGAGAUCUCUUGGUUCCCCAGCCAAGGGAUCUUGGCUUGGUUUUUGCUCGAAAGAGGGUGUGGAAGCUUUUUAAUCGUGGCAGUUUAUGGAGAUUGUAAUUUCAUUUGAAAACCUUUUCUAGCCCAAAACUCUGUGCACAACCUAUAGAGAUGUGAAGGCCCAGAAAAAAAUAGGAAAAUUCAAGGCGGAGUGUGCCCCUGCUAUUAUUUCUCUAGGACUUUUUAUCUGUUUGUCCAGCAGAAAAAUUGAGAACGUUUGGGGAACACUUCUGUGAAAUAUUUUCGCUUUUAGAAUGAGUAAAAUGCUUUUUAAGGGUAAAGGUUUUUGUAUUCAAAAUGUAUAGGAUGAAAACAUACAAGGGUUUAAAUUUUUCAAGUAGGACAUUUUGGGAAGUGCUGACUGCCCCCCAUAAAAUAUGUUCUGUUUCUGAGGGAGAAAAACCUUGUCUUACAAAGCAUUGAACUCAUUCCAAACGUAUAGGAUGAAAAAAAAUCUGAGGUCUUUCUCAAGGGUUCAGUAUUCUUAAUGUUAAGAUGUUAACUUGAUAUCCAAACAUUCUGCCAGUCCUACGUUUUGGGACUGCACAAAAGUCUGUUAAUAGCCUUUCUUUUGUUUACUA